AUGGCGCAAAGUCGAUUGUUGCUUUUCUUUGUGGCUGGUCUUGUGUCCUUUCUCUUGUUGGCUCAAACCACAACAGCUACACCAGCUCCACGGCAACUUGCGAAAUGCAAUAGAGCUGUACAAGAUGCAUGCCAAAAAGAGGACAGGACGUAUAGCUCGGAGGUGUCAAAGGCUGGGAGCCACAUGCCCUGGGCACUGAUUCCCCUCCGUGAAAUUGGGUUUCCGGCGAAACAAUACAUCACCAUUGUCAAUCUUACCCCCCACCGAUUCGUCCUUGAUCGAAGCCGCACGCACUCGUAUCAGAUGGACACUUUUGAUUGGGACGAUGUCCCCCAAGGUCGUGCCCGUCAAAAUACGGCAGAAUACACGAAGAACGUUGGCAAGAACCCAGUAGACGACGGUGGCGAAGCCUCCUACACCAUUCAAGGAACAAACAAGAGGUUCGAGAUUCGGGCUAGAACUCAUAUCCCAGACUCGUACCCUCGCCGAACCAUUAUUGACUUGUCUGGUAUGGGUCUCGGUCAACGUGAGUAUUUGGACCCCGGUAAAGAAACGGCAGUUACCUUGGUUAUCACUGGAAGUGAUUCCUAUGGAUUUACCGCUUCUCUUCGACAUGGCCGGGGCAACUGGAUGAAGGGACUAUAUGAUGUUAUCAAAGACAGACAGAUGCAGCACAUUGUGAUGCCUGCCACACACGAUUCAGGAAUGAGCAGGAUCAGCGGCAAAAUUGGCUCCAUUGGUACUGAAGCCAACACGCAGACGCAAGGCCUGAACAUUUACAAUCAACUACGCGCCGGCGCCAGGUUGUUCGAUCUUCGUGUUGGCAGUGUUCACAAGGUGGCUAAUCAGGACUCGUACAGCUUUUGGACUAUGCACGUCAAUGAUGAGCUGGCCAAAGUAGUUAUUGGCAACACGGGGGAGUCUCUCGAUGACGUUGUCAAGGAGGUCAACCAGUUCACUGCCGAAAACCCCGGCGAAGUCAUAUUUUUUCGUGUUCGAUACUUGAACGGCAUCCUCGAUAUACCCACUGCAGGCCCAAUCUACUGGAGCGCUGACAUUGUCAACAACUUUUUUAGCAAGUUGAAGGGUAUUAACAACCGAUGUGGACAUCUUGAUCUCAACACCAAGUUCAACAAACAAAAGGCGUCCUAUUUUAUGGACCAAAAUGGCGGCAAGGGCUGUGUUCUUUUUCUUUUGAACGGCAACUUGAAACCAGAUGUGCCUCAAGACUCCGUCCCGGAUGGUAUUUACAGAAACUCCAUGAUGGACGUCUGGGACCACUGGUCCAACUUGCCUGACACUGAGAAGAUGGCAAAUGACCAAGUGGCCAGCUGGAAGACAGUCGGCAGAAGCGGCGACUUCAAAAAUGACCAGUUUCUCAUCGGCCAGUGGCUGGUCAGCGCGGAUGCCAUCACCACCACCGCCCUGAGCAUUCAGAACAUCGGCAUCCUUCCUACCAAUCCCGCCCUCUACUGGAUGGGCGUCAACAACAUGAGCCCAGAGUCCUGGCCAACUGCGGUAUUGGUCGACUACAUAGGCGUGGUGGUCGCGGACCAGUGGAGUUGGGAGCAACUCAGUGCUGAGAUGUACACUUUCGCGAUUGGCAUGAACUUGUACAUGAUUAGCGAAAACUGCGACAUCAACCAGAAACGGUCACCUCUUCUUCCCGGAGCCAACUCGGCCGUGAAUGCUCUGGACGCUGGCCAGGUGGCCUCGGCAUGGAAUGGCAUCAUCUAUGCCAACGGCACAGUUGAUGAUGAUCCUGCGCCGACACUGCAUCCUGGUCGUGCCCAGGUCCUGAAGAAGGGGACCGAGUUCCUCAAUGGGACGAUUUUGCAGAGUGAUGUGGAGAAUCAAAGUUGCUAA